GAAAUUGGAAACUUAGCCUAGCUGAAAUCAAAACAAAGUGAGGAUUACAAAGAAUAUGUGGGCAAAGUCCCAAAGAGUUUGGCAAACAAUCAAGCAAACAUUAAAUACAAGAACAGUUCAUUAAGCAAACAACAUUUUUCUGAAUAGAAAGAUGCAUUCACCUUUUCACUUGUUGUUGAAUCGACGUGGUCCAAACUACCAGAAACCUGGAGUCCAAAGCAUAGUCGUAGCUCAUAAACAUAUGUGAGUGGGAUGAUCCAGGGUCGAAGAAAAUUAUUUGAUACUGUUGGGUUUUCAACUGGAGAUGGGAUGUUUAACUGGUAUUUGUGGCCGACUUCGGAAUCGGUUAAAUCGGAAGCAAACACGAUUAUCUGGACAACAUCUUGGUGCUGUUGAAAACCAGGGUUUUGAUUCAAGUACCAUCAAGCUCAACGGUAAAGAUGAAAUAUCCAUAGAAAAGUUUACACCAUUUAAUAAUCAAACCGAAGACAAGUUUGUGCCUCCUUCUGAACACGAGGAUGGCAUAGGUGAUGACGCAAGUACUGUCCAAAAUGAAGUGUCGGAAAUAGUUCCUUACUCGGUAGCAGAAAAUCGGUUUGCCGAGAUGGUUGCAUCACAUGAGGAAACGGACUUGAAUUUUGCUCCUAAAAGCCAAGAAGAUAAUGAAUUUGGUGAUACAGAAAUAUAUCCAUAUCCAACACCAUCGGAGUUAGAGGAGUCAGUAGAAAUUGAAGUCAUACUGAGCUCUAAUUCUCCACAGAGUGGAGCUAGAAAGUACCAAGCUGGAAAGUAUAUUGGAGAAGUUGAAGACAGUCUAAAGAGUGUUCAAAAGUCAUCGAGAAUCAUAAAAGUUUUAAAUGACGGUAUAAUUAACACAGAUGAAGAUUUCAAAACAAAAGAAAUUGCUAAACACACGAAUAAGAUGGAAGACGACAAGAAAGGAAAUGUUCAUCAAGCAGCAGAUAUAAAUUUUCAUAAUGAAAAUGAUCACAGUUAUAGUGACCACAUGCUUGAAAAAAAUCAAAGCUCAACUCAAGACCCCAAAAGUGAGACAAAUUUGUAUUCAGGGAAGGAUAAAACGAGGACAGAAGAAGUGAUAAAGAGGGAACUUGCGAAAGAGGACAAAAAAUGCAUAGGGGAAAAUUAUGAAGAAGCAUCAGGUGAUGGUGAGUCUAUCGUUAAUGAAGAAGACAACUGUGACAAACACCAUGGAGAAGAGAAUUGCAGUCUUAAUAAAAAUGAUGACGAAAAGAAAAUCGAAAACGACGAUGACCAACAGGACAAAGAUAACGAUGACGACUAUGACGACGACGAUGACAGCAACGACGAUGACACCGACAAUGAAAGCGACGACGAUGACAACGACGAUGAUAGCGACGACGAUGAUAGCGACGACGAUGACAACGAUGAUGAUAGCGACGACGAUGGAAACGACGAUGAUAGCGACGACGUUGAAGAUGACGAUGACGGCGACGACGGUGUGGAAAACAACGACGAUAACGACGACGAUGACGACGACGGUGUCGAUGACAACGACGAUGAUGUUGAUGAAGACGACAAUAAUGAUCACGAUGAAGAAGAACAUAACUUCAGCGAUAAUGAUGAUACUGGAAAAGCAAACGGCUACUUUGAAAACGUGCAUGAAAACUGUUCCUAUAGUGGAAAAAAUAGCACCGAUACCCCUAGGAAAGAUGACGAAAUACUUGGUGGCAAUGACUAUGACUAUGGCAAUGAUAAAGAGGAAGAGAAUCAAUUAGGUCAAGUGGAUCACGUCACAAUUAAUGAAGAAGCGUACUCCUCAAUAAAUGAGAAAAAGAAUGACGAUAUUGUCGAUGUGACGAAUAAAGUCAUAAGCAGCGACAAUGAAAUGAGUAGGCCGUUAUGUAGUUAUGUUAGCAAUGUAACUGAAACUGAAGUUAGCAGCAGAACUGAAAACGAACGUCACCCAGAGGUUGACGAAGCUCAAACGUUUAUAAAAAAUGACAUUCAAGUAACAGUAAUUCUGUGAGCUUGAAUGCUGACAUUAGGGUAUGUCCGUUGAAUUUAGAUAUUUUUAUUGCUUACAUAAUAGCUGACAGCCAUUGAGGCUGCCACGAGAUAACAACAGACUUGAAUUUUGUAAGCGUAAUCCAUGCAUUUAGAAAUUGCACGAAUGAAAGGUUAUGCGGUAGGGGUUGUGUAGUACGCGAUGCUAAUCUAUCUUAGUAAUAACCCAGGGUCAAGCUCAGUAAAAGAACUAUGUAAUUCUAAAAACCAUUCAAUGUAGCCGUUGCACUGCUUUAGUUUAUGCUUACGUUAAAAUUGAUGAAUCUAAAAACGCCUCUAGAGGCAACAAAUCGAUGGCUUAGGACACAAGUGAAAUUCUAAGCAUUCACUAGCCCCAUAAACUAGCGAUAAGUGAGUUUAUUAGGUUCUACCACCUGAAUCGCCGUUGUCACGAGGAUGCUGACUGUCAAUUUUCAAUAUUAAUACCAUCAAUAUUAAUCAAUAUUAAUACCAUUACAUAAAUUUCAUCAACAGAUUGCAUAGCUGAUCCUAUACAUCGAAUGAGUAUUAUAAAAUAUUUUCAUAUAUGUGCACCUGGUUUCGGUAAUUCUUAAAAUUAUUGAGCAAAGAAAAGUUGCCUUAUAGUAAAAACCCCACUAAAUAAAAGAAAAAUUCUAAUAGCCACGGGCUGUGCAAUCAGGGGGCACUGGCGUCAAAGGCCUUCGAACUUUGAUAAAACAUGCAAAAAGUACCCUUCAAAACAAAAUCCAUCUCCUUUUAUUUCUAAAAAGGCUUUUGUGAUUAAUGAAAGGACUCUCUGCAACAAUGCUUCCUUAUAACGAUUGCUGUCUUGGCUGAUAUUGAAAGCUUAGCUUCUGACUCCCUGUCGAUUAUCAGUUAAAGGCGGGAUUUGGUAUAGAGGGAGCUUCUUGCAUAGUUAUGGACGAUCAAUUUUACUAUUUUUAUGAAAAAAGGGGUUGAUCAACUUUACUACCAUCUCUCACAUAUUUACCUAUCAUUAAAAAUAAGUAUAGUCAAGGUUCCCUCAAAUUGCCCCAAGCUGUCUUAUCUUUAAAAUCUCCACACAUACAUGAUAAAAAAGACAACAAAAUGCAAAGCAAAUUAUUUGUGUCUAAAAGGAUUCUCUCUAGAGUUAAAGACUUAAACAAAUCAUCAAGCAACAGACAGUAAUAGUUGUUAUGCAACCUAUACGUUUCACUACAGUGUCUGUUUUAAAAACCUCCCACUGUGAUAUACAUGUGAUUUUACCGUCUGAUCUUAAGCAAACAUUUACCUCAACUUUCUUCUUUUAAAUAUAUAAUAUAUAAUGUUAAUGAAGUUGAUGUAAAUGUUUUUUAACUAUACAUUCUUUUAUACAUACUUUUAAAAGGUU